CGCGUUUGUUCAUCAGUUGCAUCUCAUCGCUUGUGGAUAUAGCGUAUGGGCUCUUACGACUUGAUGGAGUGAAAGCAGACAUCACUUUUCUCUGAGAUGGAACAGUAAAAAGGGGAAAGCCAUGAUGCUGCAGCAGGCAGUCGCCAAACCUCGAAGACAAGCUUUACGGGGAGCCGGUUACCUCUUCCGCUCCCAGUCGUCCUCCUGUCCUUCCAUGACUGAAGAACUGUUUUUGAAUGCUGCAGAAUACGGCAACAACCCCGAGGUGAGGCGGAUGCUAGAGGAGCUACCAUUGCUCAAUGUCAACUGUGUUAACUACAUGGGCCAAAGUGCACUACAGCUGGCAGUGGCCAAUGAGCAUUUAGAGGUGACCAAGCUACUUCUGAGGAAGAAAGACCUCUCUAGAAUUGGAGAUGCUUUGCUGUUAGCUAUCAGUAAAGGAUACAUCCGUAUAGUGGAGGCCAUACUGAGCCACCAGGCCUUUGCAGACAGUCAGAGACUCACCAACAGUCCAAGUCAGUCGGGCACCCAUGACGACUUCCUCGCCUAUGAUGAGGAUGGCACACGUUUCUCCCACGACAUCACUCCCAUCAUCUUGGCUUCCAAGUGCAACGAGUACGAAAUAGUGCACAUACUUCUCAUGAAGGGGGCUCGUAUAGAGAGACCACAUGACUACUUCUGUCAGUGCAGGGCCUGCAGCGAGCAGCAGAGGCACGAUGCUUUCAGCCUUUCCCAAUCACGUAUCAACGCGUACAAAGGACUGGCGAGUCCGGCAUAUCUGUCCCUCUCUAAUGAAGACCCCGUGAUGGCAGCUUUGGAGCUCAGCAAUGAGCUUGCCGUUCUAGCCAACAUUGAGAAAGAGUUUAAGAAUGAUUACAAAAAAUUGUCCACUCAGUGUAAAGACUUUGUGGUGGGACUCUUGGACUUGUGCCGGAACACGGAAGAAGUGGAGGCCAUCUUAAAUGGGGACGGUGACUCAUGUCAAACCUUUGGCAGACAAAACCUAAUCAGGUUAAAGCUUGCAAUAAAAUAUGAAGUUAAGAAGUUUGUGGCACAUCCAAACUGCCAGCAGCAGCUCCUCUAUAUCUGGUAUGAGAACUUUUCUGGACUUCGUCAGCAAAACUUGGCCAUUAAAAUCCUACUUGUCCUCGGUGUAGCUGCUGGGUUACCUUUCCUGGCCUUCAUGUACUGGAUAGCACCUUCAAGUAAGUUAGGGAAACUUAUGUGUGGACCUUUCCUGAAGUUUGUGGCCCACGCUGCCUCCUUCAUGAUAUUUCUCUGCCUACUGGUUCUGAAUGCAGCAGACCGCUUCGCAGGGACAUCGCUGCUGCCAAACAUGACCGUCCACGAAUACCCUUCGCAGCUGUUUCGUAUGAAGACCACACCUUUUACCUGGAUGGAGAUCCUCAUCAUAUCCUGGGUCAUAGGGAAGAUCUGGGAAGAAUGUAAAGACAUUUGGACGCAGGACAUCCGGGAAUACAUCUCCGAACCCUGGAACCUUCUUGAUUUCAGUAUUUUGGCCAUAUUUAUGACCUCAUUCAUUGCCAGAUUAAUGGCUUUCUGGCAUGCAUACUCUGCCCAGUGCUUUGUUGAUAAGCACUACACUGACCUGACCAACAUGACCUUGCCCUCUGAGAUACAAUACUUCCAGCUGGCUCGAAUCAACUGGAUGCCCUCGGACCCACAGCUCAUCUCCGAAGGCCUCUACGCGAUUGCGGUUGUGCUGAGUUUCUCUCGCAUCGCGUACAUCUUGCCUGCCAACGAGAGUUUCGGGCCCCUGCAGAUCUCUCUGGGAAGGACGGUGAAAGACAUCUUUAAGUUCAUGGUGAUCUUCAUCACCGUCUUUGUGGCUUUCAUGGUGGGCAUGUUCAACCUGUACUCGUACUACCUUGGAGCCAAAUACAACGACGCAUUUACAACGCUCGAGGAGAGCUUUAAAACACUAUUUUGGGCCAUCUUUGGCUUGUCAGAGGUGAAAUCGGUGGUCAUCAAUGUCAACCACAAGUUCAUUGAGAACACCGGCUAUGUGCUGUACGGGGUGUACAACAUCAUCAUGGUGAUUGUCCUGCUCAAUAUGCUCAUCGCCAUGUUCAACAGCUCCUUCCAGGAAAUUCAGGAUGAUGCAGAUGUGGAGUGGAAGUUUGCCAGAGCCAAGCUCUGGUUCUCGUACUUCGAGCAGGGCGGCACGCUGCCCGUGCCCUUCAACCUCGUUCCCAGUCCUAAAUCUGUCAUUUCCCUCCUGUUGUGGAUAAGGGAAUUUCUCUGGGCACAAAACAAGGAAAGCUCAAAUGACGAGACGGAGCUUAAUAAGUUGAGGCAACAAGAAGAUCUGAGUGUGGAAGAAUCACAUUGCUCGACCCACUACCAAAAGAUAAUGAAUCGCCUCGUUAAAAGAUAUAUUGUAAAAGCACAAAGAGAUAAAGACAAUGACGAAGUACACGAGGGUGAGCUCAGAGAAAUCAAACAGGACAUCUCCAGUCUCCGCUACGAGCUGCUGGAGAGGCAGAACCAAGAUCUGGAGACACUGGCGGAGCACAUUAGGGGACUGGGAGAUGCCAUGCAUAUUGAGCAGAAAGAAGAGUAGCAUGUGCAUACCUUAUAUACUGUACUCUUCUCAUUAUUGAGGAAUUUGGUCAGGGACAAAAAUGCCUUCAGAAGCAAAUUAACACAAAUUUUAGAUGAAAACAUACCUAAUAAAACUAGAAAUGAUGUAAGUUCACAUGCAGAAACCUUAUUGUUUUGCAUUAGUGUAACUUUUGGAGGAUAUUCUCUUCAUUUCCAUCCCUGUACGACCACAUGGUGUCACUAGUGGAACUUUUUUCUUGUUGCACAGACCCUGAUACUGUGGCGUAGACAUGGUUUGAUAAGGGUGUUGUUUUUAAUCUUAAGUAGGGGAAAAACAAAAAUUCUGGUUAAUACAUCACUAUACUAAACUAUAGUUAGUGAUAAUAGCCUUUAGUACUUUCCUGUGGAUGUCAUGUUAUGUCAUCUUCUUAUGAUAUAACCUGAAAAUUAAAAAAAAAAGAUAAAAUAAAAUAGGGCGGUUAUAAACACACUCACUUUGCUGGAUUUCUUAAAUGUUAAGUGUUUAACGUUUGAAGCGUAAUGCUUAAUGAAAAUUAAACUGGCCAUUCUUUACAACUCAUGAAGUCCAGAGGCUUUUAUGGGCUUUUAUAGCCAUUAAGCAGCAGAUGCUCCCCCUCACGCUCGCUGUGAAGCAAGACAAACAUCUGAGAACAGUCUGACCUGUCAAGAGAGAGUGAGAGCGUUUCAGAGCUACCAAGUCGAGUCUGCAAGCAGCGUUUAACCACAUGUGUCUGCACCAUCACUAAUUUGUCAUUUCAAAACUCCAAAAGCUGCCGGUGGUCACUGUGUGCAGCCUGCGAGCGUAACAUCUACAGAUUAAAGUCUCAUAUAAAAGCCUGGGCCCUUAUCGCAUUCAAAGAACACAUCACUUUUUUUUUUUUAUAUGAAUAAUAAACCGUUAUCCAAGAAUUAUGUAGGCCAUGGCAUGAGAAUCCCACACUGAUAUCAUCAAGCUCAUGACGCAGGAGAUAAAGGCCAAGGCCUGUGUGUGCAUCAUGCAUCAGUGACAUCCACACUCCGCUGAUUAACUUGAAUAGUAAAACUCCCUGUGUUAUCGCUCCAGGAUUACAGAAAUGUAAAUGAGAACAUAGGAAAUGGGGAUUCUGCUAUGACUCAAUUUCCUUCAAAAUUGUGUCACACACAGGCUGAUAAUGAAAGAUGUACUGUAACAACAUUAUUAUUAUUAUUAUGGCCAUUAUUUAACUUUAUAUUUACUUUGGCAAACUCAGCAUAACAUAAUCCAUUAUGGUUUCUCAUUGGCUGAUCAUGGCUCUACUGUGAUGCCAUACAUUUCUGUGGCGUGGACAUUUAUUCUUUAUAGGGUUGGCGGUUAAAACGAGUGUAAUAAAGGGGGAUAAACAUCAAUUUCACUUAUAAACUUUAGACAAACAGUUGUAACUCAUGAGUUAUUCAAAGAUGUCAUGUUUGUCUUGUAGUAUCUGCUUGAAAAUUGCGCACACAUAAUGAAAUGAGUGUAUAUAUCUGCAACCACAAGGUCUAUUUGAAUAUUUUGGGUGUCAUAGUAAAGGUAAAGGUAAAUUGCUCUAAACUUCUAUCAAAUCACAGUACAAUAUGUGAACAUCAUCUCUGCAAAGGUUGACUUGGAUCAAGUGAAGUAAGUUUUAGUACAGAAAAUACAGACGAGGGUUUGUUACAGCCAAUAGAUUACGCUAGUGUCGCCAAAACACCUUGAAUUCCUCCAAUCAGAAACAACUUGUGAUGACACAAGUUGUCACAGUGAGUGAUGAGUGAUGAUGAGUGAUGUCCCUUCAUUCCUGCUAAAGAGAGAGUCACAUUUGAAACUUCCUGAUGGUGUUAUCUACAAACGCUUGUUUUUUUUUAGUUAAAAAUGACUUUCCUGUCUGAUGUUCUUUUUUGGAUGCUGUUUUAAGAUCAAAUAAUGGCUAACAAGUGUCAAACUAGCAGUCAAGCUUGCUCACAUUAGAUGAAAACAUGGUUGGUGA